AUGGAUGUAGCCUCUGGCGACGCCUCGUCUACGGACGUCUACUACAACCUGGGAUCCUUCCACCGCCAAGUAACAACAAAUAACAAAUGGGCCCAGGUCUGGUUUGACCGUGGAAUCAUCUGGACAUACGCUUUCAAUCAUGGCGAGGCAGCCCAAUGCUUCCAAAAAGCCAUCACCCACGACCCAAGCUGUGCAAUGGCAUACUGGGGACUGGCAUACACGCUCGGCCCCAACUACAACAAGCCAUGGCAAUUCUUCGACGAGAAAGAGUUAAAAAAAACUGUUCAACGCACCAACCGCGCCGUCCACGAUGCUCGACAAUACGCAUCCACGGCGCAACCCGUUGAAGCGGCUCUCAUUGACGCUCUUCAAUUCAGGUACCCGCAGGAUCAGCCAACAGAGGACUGCUCCUCCUGGAACCAGGGGUAUGCCGAUGCGAUGCAGUCAGUCUACCAACGAUUCCCCGAGGACCUAGAUGUGGCAGCCUUGUACGCGGACGCAUUGAUGAAUCUGACUCCCUGGGAGCUGUGGGAUAUACGCACCAACGAGCCCGCCCCAGGCGCCCGCACACACGAAGUCAAAGCCGUUCUCGACCGCGCACUGACACAAAAGGGAGGUCUCCGCCAUCCCGGCCUUCUCCACCUGUACAUCCAUCUGAUGGAGAUGUCCGGAACGCCGGAGAAAGCCCUGGUGGUGGCGGAUCACCUGCGCGGGCUGGUCCCCGACGCCGGACAUCUGCAACACAUGCCCACGCACCUGGACAUCUUGUGCGGCGACUACCGGCGGGCGAUAGCGUCCAACUCGGACGCUAUCCGCGCGGAUGAAAAGUUCCUUGCUCGUGCAGGCCCGGUCAACUUCUACACCCUCUAUCGGUCCCACGAUUACCACUUCCGGAUCUACGCGGCUAUGUUCUCUGGGCUCUCGGCGAUAGCCCUGGACACGGCAGCCGAGCUUGAGCAAUCGAUCCCGGAGGAGCUUCUCCGUGUCGAGUCGCCCCCGAUGGCGGACUGGCUGGAGGGGUUCCUCACGAUGCGAGUUCACGUGUUGAUCCGGUUCGGACGCUGGCAGGAGCUGCUGGACCUUGAACUGCCGCGGGACGCAGAGCUAUACUGCGUGACGACAGCCAUGAUGCACUACGGCAAGGGGGUUGCGCUGGCCGCAACGGGGGAGGUAGAUCGUGCGAACGAACAACGCAACCUAUUCGACCAAGCCUUGAAACGUGUUCCGGCCAGCCGAAUGCUAUUCAACAACAAAUGCGUCGAUAUCCUGGGGAUCGCAGAAGCCAUGCUAAACGGGGAGCUCGAGUACCGCCGCGGGAACUUCGAUGUCGCAUUCGAGCACCUGCGCCGCGCAAUUUCACGCGACGACGAGCUUCCUUAUGACGAGCCAUGGGGCUGGAUGCAGCCGACGCGACAUGCAUAUGGCGCUCUCCUGCUAGAGCAGGGGCACGUCGAGCAGGCCGCUGCGGUUUACGGAGCCGAUCUGGGAAUGGACGAUACGUUGCCUCGCUCGCUGCAGCAUCCGAAUAACCACCUCAGCUGGCUCGCUAUCCUCGCAGCUUGCCUUUCUAGCAUGAUAAAAACCACACAUGCCACAGCUGAAUUCAAACAACAAUGCCUAUCCUUCCCCGCACACAAACACGCCUCAAACUCCCACAUCCAAAUCCUAAGAUACAUCCCCCGAGGAACCAACCUAACACUACUAGACAACGACAGCACAUGCUCCCGCCAAUACCAACAAGUCUCAGCCGACAUCUGUCGAGUCGCUCUCUCCGUCGCGACAUCCAACCAGUCUUCCAUAGUUAUAGAGCUUUGGCUACCACGCGAGUGGAGCGGCCGGUUUCUCGGGACCGGAAAUGGGGGCAUAGAUGGAUGUAUCAAGUACGAAGAUGUAGAGUACGGAGCCUCGAACGGGUUUGCGACGAUCGGGACUAAUAACGGGCAUAAUGGCACUACUGCUGCGCCUUUAUACCGUAAUCCGGAUGUUAUCAUGGAUUUCGCUUGGAGGGCCCUUCACACCGGCGUGACGAUAGGAAAGGAGCUGACGGCCCGUUUCUACGGCCGAGCACACAGCAAGUCGUACUAUAUUGGCUGCUCCCUCGGCGGGCGCCAGGGGAUUUACGCCGCGGAUUUAUUUCCCGAGGACUUCGAUGGUAUAGUUGCUGGCGCGCCGGCGGUGGACUUCAAUAACCUUGUCUCGUGGAGGGCUAGUUUUUUUCCGAUCACUGGGUCUGUUAAUUCAUCGCGAUACGUUACCGAAGGUCAGUGGAAGGGUUUGAUACAUUCGGGAAUUCUGCGGCAGUGCGAUGGCAUUGAUGGUGUUCUUGAUGGCGUCAUUGAGGAUCCCACGCUGUGCGAUUUCCAACCUGAUAUUCUGCUGUGUGAGGGAGAUCAGACGCAUGACUGCUUGAGUCCAGCCCAGGUGGAGACUGUUCGAGAGAUAUUCUCCCCGCUCCACGACAAGGACAAUAGCUUGAUAUACCCUGCCAUGCAGCCGGGAAGCGAGCUUAAAUCUGCCGAUGGGCUCUACGCUGGGAAACCCUUUAUGUACUCUGAGUCAUGGUUCCAAUACGUCAUUUACGACCCCUCAUGGGACCCUACCAGCUUCAAUCUCCAAGACGCACAAGUAGCAGAGACCCUAAACCCAGGCAACAUCCGCACAUGGCCAAACGAUCUCUCACAGUUCCAAAACCUCGGCGGCAAGAUCAUCGUCCACCACGGCCAGCAAGAUGACAAGAUAACCAGCUUCAACACGCCGCGUUUCUACGAUCAUCUCGCUGCUGGCAUGCAAUAUACCCCCGCGCAGAUGGACGAGUUCCUUCGCUUCUUUCGCGUCCCGGGAAUGUUCCACUGUAACUCUGGUCCUGGGGCUUGGGUCAUUGGCCAGGGCGGCGGGUCGUCAGCUGCGGGGAUACCAUUUACUAGAGAGCAAAAUGUGCUCGCGGCUUUGGUGGCCUGGGUGGAAGGUGAUGAGGCUCCUGAGACUAUUGGAGGGACGAGAUUUGUGGAGGAUGAUCCUGGGUUAGGCGAGGAGAGGCGACGCGAGCAUUGCCGUUACCCACUACGAAAUAAAUAUGUGGGGGGAGACGCUUCGUUAGCGGAAAGUUGGCGAUGCACAUGA